GAACUUAUCAGUUUCUUCUCUCUUUUAGUACAGAGGCGAACCCAAUAAAAUACUUCAAUUUCCUUGUCUUUCCUAUAUGAUUCCAAGCCCGAAGCUUUGUCCUCUCCUCUUCUGCUUCUUUGCAUGUUUCAGAAGUUAUCCACCAGCCUGUUCUUUAACCUUGGAAAAGCUGCGUUUUCACCUUUAUAAACCCUUGUUUGGUUUUGCAUCCAUCUCCACUGCUCCAAAACCCAUCAUUUUUCACUACAUACACAGCGAGUGUGAACAAAGAAUGGGAGACGAGGAGUGUGUUAUAGUGGUACGAGAGUUUGAUCAUAGGAAAGAUUUAGCGAGCGUGGAAGAAGUCGAAAAACGCUGCGAAGUUGGCCCAGGCGGCAAACUCUCUCUCUUUACCGACCUCUUGGGUGACCCUAUUUGCCGGGUUCGCCACUCCCCUGCUUUUCUCAUGCUGGUGGCUGAAUUGAGUUCUACGAAAGAAACAGUUGGGAUGAUUCGAGGUUGCAUAAAAACCGUAACUUGUGGCAAAAAGCUCUAUCGGAAUACCAAAACCAGUGAUCCAUCGGAAGCUCUACCGAUUUACACCAAAGUCGCUUACAUUUUAGGCCUCAGGGUCUCUCCUUCGCACAGGAGAAUGGGAAUCGGUUUAAAGCUCGUACGAAGAAUGGAGGACUGGUUUGUUCAAAACGGCGUUGAAUAUUCUUACUUGGCAACGGAAAACGACAAUCAAGCUUCCGUUAAUCUCUUCACUGAUAAAUGCGGUUACUCCAAGUUCCGUACUCCUUCGGUUUUGGUUAACCCCGUUUUCGCUCACCGGCUCCCCGUUUCCAACCGUGUCACCCUCAUCAAACUCUCCCCGUCCGACGCUGAGUCGCUCUAUCGCCGUCGUUUCUCCACCACCGAGUUCUUCCCUCGCGACAUUGAUUCGGUGCUCAGUAAUAGGCUUAGCCUGGGGACUUUCCUGGCUGUGCCACGUGGAUGUUGUUACACUCAAGGAUCGUGGCCCGGGUCGGAUAAGUUUUUAUCCGAACCCCCAGAGUCGUGGGCGGUUUUGAGUGUUUGGAACUGCAAGGACGUGUUCAGGUUGGAAGUUCGUGGCGCGUCGAGGAUGAGGAAAACGUUGGCCAAAACGACCAGGAUUGUGGACAAGUUGCUGCCGUUUUUGAGGUUACCGUCGAUUCCGGAGGUUUUUAGGCCGUUCGGUUUGCAUUUCCUGUACGGGUUGGGAGGGGAAGGGCCAUCCGCGGCCAAAUUGGUUAAUGCGUUGUGUGCACACGCGCAUAACUUGGCCAAAGAAGGAGGGUGCAGUGUAGUGGCGACGGAGGUGGCGAAUCGUGAGCCGUUGAAAGUCGGGGUCCCACAUUGGAAGAUGCUAUCGUGCAAUGAAGAUUUAUGGUGCAUCAAACGGCUUGGGGAAGACUACAGUGACGGGUAUGUCGGUGACUGGACUAAAUCACCACCUGGAUUUUCCAUAUUUGUAGACCCCAGGGAAUUCUGAAGUCUAAAGGCAAAAUCUGAUGGGUAUAUAUAUAUAUUUUUUAAUUUUCUUUUAAAUCUUGGGGACAUGAGUAAAAGAGGGAAUGAAAAGAUAUGGGU